AUGCAUUCUACCUACAUUAAACUAAGCACCCUGCCUACAACCAACCGAGCAUCCUGCCUCCAGCCAACCAUGCGCUCUGCUUACACUCAACUGAGCACACUGCAAAACCGAACCAUUCAUCCUACUUACACCAAAAUGAGAACCCUGCCUUCAGCCAACCAUGCAGCCUGUCUACAUCCAACAGAGCGCCAUGCCUCCACUACCAUGCAUUCUGCAUACACCCAACCGAGCACCCUGCCAAACCCCAACAAUGCAUUCUGUCUACACCCAACCGAGCACCUUGCCUGCACCCAACCAUGCAUCCUGCCUCCACACAACACUGCAACCUCCCUAUACAAAACCAAGCACCCUGCCUACACCCAACCGAGCACCCUGCCUCCUACCAACAAUGCAUCCUGCCUAUACCCAACCAUGCGUCCCAACUAA